AUGGGUUCUCGAUUCCAAUCUCAUCAGCUCAGCAAUGGACUUUAUGUAUCGGGCCGUCCGGAGCAGCCAAAGGAAAGAACACCAACAAUGACCUCGGUGGCCAUGCCCUACACCGGUGGGGACAUCAAGAAGUCGGGUGAGCUCGGAAAGAUGUUUGAUAUUCCUGUUGAUGGCUCAAAGUCUAGGAAGUCAGGACCUAUAUCCAGUGCUCCAUCGAGGACAGGAUCUUUCGCUGGAGCCGCUUCACAUUCUGGACCUAUUAACCCCAAUGCGGCAGCCAGGUCCAGCUAUUCUACCUCGGGUCCUGUACCUUCCAUGGGGGUAACUGGUUCGACAUCAAUGAAGAAAUCAAAUUCUGGGCCACUUAAUAAACAUGGAGAACCUAUUAAAAAGUCCUCUGGACCUCAAUCUGGGGGAGUGACGCCUAAUGCCCGCCAAAACUCAGGUCCUCAACCUCCAAAUCUUCCUGCAACAGGACUCAUCACAUCUGGACCCAUUACAUCUGGUCCACUGAACUCAUUUGGGGCCCAAAGAAAGGUUUCUGGUCCUUUAGACUCCAUGGGGUCGAUCAAAGUACGUGGUUCCUCAGUUGCUAACAAUCAGGCUGUGACGACUCUUGGUCAAGAUGAUGACUAUUCCUUCAAAAGGAACCUCCCGAAACCUAUAUCGUGGGCAAUUAUAUUACUUUUCUUAAUGGGAUUCAUAGCUGGGGGAUUUAUUAUUGGGGCUGUGCACAAUCCCAUUCUCCUCAUUGUAGUUGUGGUUCUGUUCUGCAUCGUUGUUGCCGUAUUUGUAUGGAAUUCUUGUUGGGGAAGAAAAGCUAUCCUUGGAUACAUUUCCUGUUAUCCAGAUGCUGAAUUGAGAACUGCCAAAAAUGGACAAUACGUCAAGGUCUCCGGGGUGGUGACCUGUGGAAAUGUGCCCCUUGAAUCAUCCUUCCAACGGGUUUCUAGAUGUGUCUACACGUCUACCAGUUUAUAUGAAUAUCGAGGAUGGGAUUCUAAGGCUGCAAAUCCUACGCACCGUCGUUUUACAUGGGGACUUAGAUCAUCUGAAAAACAUGCUGUCGACUUCUACAUAUCUGAUUUUCAGUCAGGACUAAGAGCAUUGGUUAAAACUGGCUAUGGUGCACGGGUGACUCCAUACGUCGACGAAUCCGUUGUCAUUGAAGUCGAUCCGCUGAAUAAAGAGUUGUCGCCAGAAUUUGUCCGGUGGUUGGGAGAGAGGAAUCUUUCUAGUGAUGAUCGUAUGAUGCAAUUGAAGGAAGGGUUUAUCAAAGAAGGAAGCACAGUUAGCGUAAUGGGAGUUGUUCAGAGAAACGAAAACGUGCUUAUGAUAGUUCCUCCUGCAGAGCCAGUCACAACGGGAUGCCAGUGGACUAAAUGUAUAUUUCCCGCUAGUCUCGAGGGAAUUGUUCUGAGGUGCGAAGAUUCAUCUAAGAUGGAUGUUAUCCCAGUGUAA